AAUGUUAGUUUGACACCCAAUAAAAUACUGUAAAAUACUUCCCCAAAUUCCCAUAGGAGAAGGAGAAGGAGAAGGAGAAGGAGAAGACCAAUAAUUUAUAAAGGGGUUAAUUUGGAGCAAGGGAAAGAAAAAGGGGUUUCAGUAUUUUCCUGCGACAAUACACAAACCCCCCAUAGUCGUCUUCUUCUUCUUCGUCUCCCAGUUUCUCUCUCAUCGACUCACAAAUUUCUACAUCAUUUCACUGUUCUCUAACCCUAAUAAUCGACGGUAACAAGAUUCUUCCUUCUUUCAUUACUUCCUUCUAUUUUGUUGCCAUCUCUGUUUGCUUUUGCCAGAAUCUCGAUCACCUGACGAUUCGUUCCGUAAUUGUAUUUGUGUUGAGAAAAUCAAGUAAUAUACGAAAAUGAACGACCGCAAACCCAUAGAACUAGAGGAAGGAUGGAAGUUUAUGGAGAAAGGAAUCAGGAAACUGAAGUUGAUUCUUGAAAAUACAUCUGAGCCUCCAUUCAAUUCUGAAGAUUACAUGAUGCUUUACACAACUAUAUACAACAUGUGUACUCAGAAAGCCCCAUAUGAUUAUUCUCAACAACUUUAUGAUAAUUACAGACAGGCUAUUGUGGAUUACAUUGUUUCAACGGUUAUGCCAGUUUUGAAGGAAAAACAUGAUGAAUAUAUGCUGAUUGAACUUAAGCUUAGAUGGUCAAAUCACAAAGUAAUGGUCAGGUGGCUGUCUCGCUUCUUCCAUUAUCUUGAUCGCUAUUUCGUUACUCGGAGGUCACUUUCUUCACUGAAUGAUGUUGGGCUGACUUGCUUCCGUGAUCUGGUUUACCAAGAAAUAUGUAGCAAAGCAAAGGAUGCUGUUCUAGCCCUGAUCCAUGUUGAAAGAGAGGGUGGACAAAUCGACCGAGCAUUACUGAAGAAUGUUCUUGGGAUAUUUGUUGAAAUUGGAAUGGGACAAAUGGAUCAUUAUGAGAAGGACUUUGAGGCGCAUCUGCUGGAUGAUACUGCUGCUUACUAUUCUCGAAAGGCAUCAAGCUGGAUUGUGGAGGAUUCAUGUCCAGAAUACAUGUUGAAGUCUGAGGAAUGUUUGAAAAAAGAAAAGGAGAGGGUGGCUCAUUACUUGCAUGCUAGUAGUGAAGAGAAGCUUCUAGAGAGAGUGCAAAAUGAGUUAUUGUUGGUAUUCGAAAACCAAUUGCUUGAGAAAGAAAACUCUGGAUGUCGUGUGCUGCUAAAAGAUGACAAGGUGGAGGAUCUUUCCAGGAUGUACAGGCUAUACAGUAAAGUUCCCCAUGGUUUGGACCCUAUUGGAGUCAUCUUUAAGAUGCACAUUACGGAUGAAGGAACUGCCUUAGUCCAGCAGGCAGAAGAUGCUGCGACUAGCAAGGCUGAAAAUGCUGCUGGUGGAUCACAUGAGCAGGUCUUUGUGAGGAAAGUGAUAGAGCUACAUGAUAAGUUCAUGGUUUAUGUGAUUGAUUGCUUUGUGAGCCACACCAUCUUUCACAAGGCUCUCAAGGAAGCUUUUGAGGUGUUUUUGAAUAAGGGUGUUGCUGGUAGCACUAGUGCUGAACUACUGGCAUCAUUUUGUGAUAAUAUUCUCAAGAAGGGAGGUAGUGAAAAGUUGAGUGAUGAAGCUAUCGAAGACUCACUUGAGAAGGUGGUAAAGCUUCUUGCUUAUGUGAGCGAUAAAGACAUGUUUGCUGAAUUUUACAGAAAGAAGCUCUCUCGUCGUUUACUCUUUGACAAGAGUGCCAAUGAUGAUCAUGAAAGAAGCAUCUUAACAAAAUUGAAACAGCAAUGUGGGGCACAGUUUACUUCAAAGAUGGAAGGGAUGGUAACUGAUUUGCAACUGGGAAGGGAGAAUCAGAGUCAUUUUGAAGAGUAUCUUGAGCAAAACCCAAAUGCCAAUCCUGGGCUUGAUUUGAAUGUGACAGUUCUUACUACUGGAUUCUGGCCAAGCUAUAAAUCCUCUGAUCUUAACCUUCCUUCUGAGAUGGUAAGGUGUGUGGAAAGUUUUAAGCAAUUCUAUCAAACAAAAACAAAACACAGGAAGCUCUCUUGGGUUUACUCGUUGGGAAGUUGCAACGUUAAUGGCAAGUUUGGUCAGAAAACAAUUGAAAUGGUUGUCGGAACCUAUCAGGCUGCUGCUCUGCUUCUAUUCAACACAGCGGAUCGCCUGAGCUAUUCAGAAAUUGGAACUCAAUUAAAUUUAGCUGAUGAAGAUUUGGUUAGAGUACUUCAAUCAUUGUCGUGUGCGAAGUAUAAGAUUCUUACCAAGGAACCAACCUCGAGAACUGUCUCUCAUACUGAUCACUUCACAUUCAACUCUGGUUUUACCGACAGAAUGAGGAGGAUAAGGAUUCCUCUUCCCCCAAUGGACGAGAGGAAAAAGAUUGUCGAGGAUGUGGACAAGGAUAGACGUUAUGCCAUUGAUGCUUCUAUUGUUCGCAUAAUGAAAAGCAGGAAGGUGUUGGGGUAUCAACAAUUGAUCACAGAAUGUGUUGAGCAGUUAAGCCGCAUGUUCAAGCCCGAUUUCAAGGCAAUCAAGAAGAGGAUUGAAGAUUUGAUUACGAGGGAUUAUAUCGAGCGAGACAAGGAAAAUCCUCAGCUAUUCCGAUACUUGGCUUGAGUUAUGCACGUCUUGAGAAUGUGAACUGAUUUUGGUAUGGAAGCCGAGGAAUUCGAGUAGUAGGCAUUGUGUACAGUGAUUGUUGGGUUCUCGUGAGUUGGUAAAUUAAAGCUGCACAUUUUAGGAAACAGAAAACUUGCAGGCUAUAUCUGUCUUCUAUAAAUAUAGAUAUUCUUGCUAUUGCCUUACA